UCGAUUGUUACAGCCAGCCAUGGCAGCAGAACCCGGCGUCGACGAGAAGAGCACCAAGAUGCAGAUCUUCGUUGUUCUCCCGAGGCCAAGCACCCUCAUGAACCCUAAUACCAUCUCCCUCGAAGUCUGCAGCAGCGACACGGUGGCGAGCCUCAAGGCCAGGCUCGAGGGCAUCGACAGCACCCAAUAUGUCAGCCCCAUCCCGCCGGAGCGGCAGCGCCUCGUGCUCGCCGGCUCGGCCCUGCCCGACGACGACGACGGCAGGACGCUGGCUGACCUCGGCGUGGCCGACUCGUCCACGGUGCAGCUCGUGGAGACUCAGAUGCAGGUGUGGGUCCGCAACCUGUGCUGUCCCAUGUCCACCCACAUCAUAUCCGGCCUGUCAAGCAUCGACACCGUGGACACCAUCAAGGCCAGGUACGAGGCGGCGACGGGCAUGCCGGCGGACCGGCAGCAGAUCACGUACCAAUCCCGACAGGUGAUCUGAGGAACGGCAGCAGGCUCGCUGACUGACUGGGGCGCCACCAACUGUUCGUUCGAUGGUGUACGUCCACCGGAUGCCGUGGCACCACACCGAGGCCGCGUGCGCGCUGUCCAGGGUGCUGAUGGUCAAGGUGUACCGCACGACCACGGUGCGCCGCGUCAAGGAGCUCGUGGAGGCGGCCGAGGGGGUGCCCGUCGCCACGCAACGUGCAUACCACAACCGCGGCCCCGCCACCGGCUACACCGACAAGAAUCUGGAGGACGGGCAGACCAUGGAGGAGCUCGGCAUCAUGGAGUGGAGCAACGAGACCGUGAUCAACCAGCCCUUCGUGAGCAUCGAGUACCGGCUCGAGGCAGGUGCUGCUGCUGCUGCCGAGCGGCGGGCACGGGUGCCACGCGUCUUGUUCAGAGGUAGCCACGCGGAGUACAACAAGAUCGUUAUGCAGCGGCUGCUCGCCGAGAGAGAGAAGCCGGACUCGAUGCCACUCGUGCCACCGCUGAUGCGGAGCCGCGUCCUAAACGUCUAUCUUGGAGCUCGGGAUCCGCUCCUACCGUAGGCUUUUCAUCAAGUUGCCCCUCUGGCAUAGAUUGCUAAGCUAGAUAGGCUAGUUUCGACAGUAUAGGAUUAAUUACCGGUGAAACAUAAUACUAGUAAUAGUUUUCUAUAAAUCGAUUGAA